AGUUAUAUCUUACGCCUACUCCCCUCCAACAUACAUUCACUCUCACCCACACCUCCCACCUCCCACAACAGCAGCCAUGAGCUCCCUCCUACAACACCGCAUUCUCCCAUGGCGGCUCCAGCUUGCCCGCCGAACCCUUUCACACCCACGACAAUUCUCCUCAACCACCCCUCGACCCAUCAUCAAACCCAUAUCCGAACUCCCAGACCGAAUAAAAGCAUCCUACAUCCAGAGUCCCUCAAAGACACUCCUCGCACUACAAUGGCCCUCCCCGCCCCGGAACAUCCUCAUAACGAAGAAGAAACGAACCCCAGGAAUCACCAAAUCCCUAAUAGAAUACACCACCCACCUCGCGACCACCUACCCCUCCAUCAACAUCAUCCUCGAGCCCUCCGCCGCCGCCGAAGUCCACGAGUCCCUCCCCUUCCCCAUCUACACCUACGAGACCCCCUCCAACGAAACCUCGACACCCCGACACCUCCCCGAGAAAACCGACCUCGUCUGCACCCUCGGCGGCGACGGCACCAUCCUCCGCGCCUCGAGCCUCUUCUCCCACUCCGCGACCGUCCCGCCCAUCCUCUCCUUCGCAAUGGGCACCAUCGGCUUCCUCGGCGAGUGGAAAUUCAAAGAAUACAAGCGCGCCUUCCGCGAAGUCUACAUGUCCGGCGCCCCAGAUGCCUACUCGAAACUCGAGUUCCCAGAGCGCGCCGAAUCCGACCUCCAGCGCGAGCGCGAGGCACUCCCCCAAUCCCCUGACGACCCGCUCGACAAGCCACCGCUCUCAUACACCGACAUCCGCGGCAAAACCAUGGGCUCCAACCGCCCCGCCCGCAUCCUCGUGCGCAACCGCCUCAAAGUCGGCGUGUUCGGCCCGUCAGGCGAGCGCAUCAACGGCACCUCAGAAGAAGGCGACACGUACGCGCUCAACGAAGUAAUCGUGCACCGGGGCUCGUCCCCGCACCUCAAGAUCAUCGACGUCUUCGUCGGCGGCCGCUUCCUAACCGAAGGCGUCGCAGACGGCAUGAUCAUCUCGUCGCCGACCGGCUCGACCGCAUACUCGCUGUCCUCGGGGGGCUCCAUCGUGCACCCGCUGGUCCCGUCCCUGCUGCUCACGCCCAUCUGCCCGCGCUCGCUGUCCUUCCGCCCGUUGGUGCUGCCUGCCGAGACGCCGAUUACGCUGCGCCUCGGCGACAAGAACCGCGGCCGCGAAGUCGAGGUCUCGAUUGACGGGAAGCGCAUCUCGCGGGGUUUGGGGUCGGGCAUGGAGGUCCGCGUGCUGGGCGAGACGGUCAAGAACGCGGCGGGCGAGUGGUGCGGCGGCGUGCCGUGUAUUGUGCGCGGCACUGUUGGGUCGGAAGAGCGGGAUGAGGAUCAUUGGGUCGGGGGGCUGAAUGCGUUGUUGAAGUUUAAUUAUCCGUUUGGGGACCAGGAUGGUGGGGGCAUUGAGGGUCAUCGGUGA